AUGGUAUUAUCUCAAUUGUCGAGGAUUGGUGAGCGUUUUACGGUGCGAGCGUUUCCAGGCAUAUCUCGAUCCCGACUACCUAAUCGAGUCUCCGGACACCGCAUUGCUCUAUCUCGUCGGCCGAUAUCCUUCUUCCCUCCAUCCUCAAGACUCGGCUUCAGUUCGCCAAGCUUGGUUCGCCAUUACGCAAAUGGCCGACCGCACCCUCCAGGCGGCACUCACCGCAUGAAUUUGGGUGGUGAACCCGAGAAGCCAGCCCUCGAAGAGUUUGGGGUGGAUCUCACUGCUAGGGCUAGAGACGGCAAACUUGACCCAGUCAUUGGUCGCGAUGCGGAGAUUCACCGAACGAUCCAGAUUCUAUCUCGGAGGACUAAAAACAACCCAGUGUUAAUCGGUGCAGCUGGUACAGGUAAAACUGCCGUGCUGGAAGGGCUGGCGCAGCGUAUUGUUCAAGGAGAUGUACCAGAGAGCAUUAAAAAUAAAAGAGUGAUCGCUCUAGACCUGGGCCAGCUCAUUGCAGGCGCGAAAUUCAGGGGUGAUUUCGAGGAAAGACUUAAGAAAGUACUGAAGGAAGUUGGCGACGCUCAAGGAGGUGUGAUUCUGUUUGUGGAUGAGUUGCAUACUUUGCUUGGUCUAGGGAAAGCCGAAGGAAGCAUUGAUGCGAGCAAUCUCCUAAAACCUGCUUUAUCCAGAGGCGAGCUACAAUGUUGUGGAGCGACCACGCUGAACGAGUAUCGGCAAAUUGAGAAAGAUGUGGCGUUAGCCCGUCGAUUCCAGCCGAUUUUAGUUGAUGAGCCUACAGUUGCCGAUACCAUCUCUAUCUUACGAGGAAUUAAGGAUCGAUACGAAGUGCAUCAUGGUGUGCGAAUUACAGAUGGAGCACUCGUGGCCGCUGCCACAUACAGCAACAGAUAUAUCACAGAUCGAUUUCUUCCAGAUAAGGCUAUUGAUUUAGUUGAUGAGGCAGCUUCGGCCUUGCGCUUGCAACAAGAAUCGAAACCUGACGCCAUCCAGAAAUUAGACAGAGAAAUCAUGACGAUCCAAAUAGAGCUUGAGUCACUUCGAAAGGAGACGGACAUCGCUAGCAAGGAACGCCGGGCUAAACUUGAAGAACUACUGAAAGGAAAGCAAGAUGAAGUCGGCGAGCUAAACAAAGUUUGGGAAAAGGAGCGCGCUCAAAUCGAAGGAAUCAAGAAAACCAAAGAAGAAUUGGAGCGAGCUAGGCUGGAUCUUGAGCAGGCGCAAAGAGAAGGGAACUUUGCUCGGGCGGGUGAAUUAAGAUAUUCUGUUAUACCGAACCUCGAGCUAAAGCUCCCAGAAGAAGGCGCCACGGUGUCCGCUACGGAUGGCCAGAAUCUCAUCCACGAUUCUGUUACCGCUGACGAUAUUGCUGGUGUUGUAUCCCGUACAACAGGUAUUCCAGUCAAUAAACUAAUGGCUGGUGAUAUUGAGAAGUUGAUCCACAUGGAAGACACCUUACGAAAAUCCGUUCGUGGGCAGGACGAGGCACUUUCUGCUGUCGCUAACGCUGUCCGAAUGCAAAGGGCUGGCCUCAGCGGUGAAAAUCGCCCAUUGGCGUCAUUUAUGUUCCUUGGGCCAACAGGCGUUGGAAAAACCGAACUAUGCAAAAAGAUGGCCGAGUUCCUGUUUUCGACGGAAACCGCUGUUGUCCGAUUUGAUAUGAGUGAAUUUCAAGAGAAGCAUACCAUUAGCCGAUUGAUUGGGUCUCCCGCCGGCUACGUUGGCUAUGAAGAUGCUGGCCAGCUAACUGAAGCAGUCAGAAGGAAGCCGUAUGCGGUGCUCUUAUUCGACGAGUUUGAGAAGGCCCACCGUGAUAUAUCAUCUCUACUCCUCCAAGUACUAGACGAAGGCUUCCUUACUGACGCACAAGGCCAUAAAAUUGAUUUUCGAAACACAUUAAUUGUUCUCACAUCAAAUCUGGGUGCCGAUAUCCUUGUCGGAGCAGACCCUACACGUGGAGAUGAGAUCUCCCAGGAGAUUAGAUCAGCCGUGAUGGCCAUUGUUCAGUCGUCUUACGCACCUGAGUUUUUAAACCGAAUAGAUGAGUUCAUCAUCUUUAGGAGACUCUCCCGACAAGCAUUGAGAGAUAUCGUGGAUAUUCGGCUACGAGAACUUCAGGCUCGGCUUGAUGAUCGUCGAAUAACCCUAGAAGCAGGGGAUGAGAUCAAAGACUGGUUAUGUGAUAGAGGUUACGAUCCAAGAUACGGAGCUCGCCCACUGAAUCGGCUCAUUUCAAAAGAAAUCGGCAAUCAUUUAGCCGACAAGAUUAUUCGUGGUCAAGUUACAACGGGCCAAUCCGCCCGUGUUGUCUUCAAUUCUGACAAAACCGGGCUCGACAUUGAAGCCAGCUCCUCCGCAUAA